AUGUUGUUGAUCCCCUUCCUGGGGAUCUUCUUGGGUAUGACUCUCUGGAGUCAGUGGCGCCCCAUUCCGGGGUUCACUGUUCCAGAGAUGUCGUUCCGGCAGCGUCUGUCUGGUGCCGCCCAGCUAACUUUGGAAUCUUGGAUCUUCUGUGGCGCUGUGGACACUCUGAUGUCCCAGCGUUCUCACUUCGGUAAUACUCACUCUGGUGAUACUGCCGUUGUGAGUCCCACAGACUAUCAUGGGUAUGCAAACACCACAGAUUACUUUGAAAUCAGUCCCGAAGCGGAUACCAUGCCGUCCUGGUUUCCAACUGAUUCCAUGGUACCCAUCCCGGGGUUGGUCUGGUGUAGCGUCGGAGUGACAACUUCUGUUCCCGAAGAAGUUGUCGACAUCCACACGCUUGAAUCAGGACCCGGGCAAGGUCUCUUUGUUCCCCUGCUGUGCCUCGUUGUCUGGUGUUUUCUCCAAGGUCCCAUGGCCUUGAUUGCUAACACACGGCGACUUGUUUCCUUUGGUGCCCGGGCCUUGGCUGAGUGGACACUGAAUUAUCUUGAGGGCCAACCGCAAAUUGCACGUGUGCAGUUUGUGGCCGAGGAAGAUCCAACUUUGUACCACGAGUUGGAUUUUCUGAUCGCCGGCGCGAUGGAUAUUCAGGACGAAACUCUUGCUUGGGUCUUGGCCGCGAACAGUCGUCUCGACUUCGUGUCUCACGUGUUCGUUCUCCCUCACUCUGGGGGUAUCUGGGUUCACCGGAUCUCUGUGGGGGGUGAGCAGGCACGGGACAAGAAGUCGACCUGCGAUACCACCAAGACGUACGAUGGCACACUGUUGCUCUGUCAGCAUCCCUGGAACGCACCUGAGAUGGAUGAUGCACCCGAACAUGAGGAUGCCUCGCCUUCGGGUGGGGCUCUGAGUGCGAACGGUGCGGAUAUCGAAGGUAGCGGUCCCCCCGGGAACGCACCUGAGAUGAAUGCACCCGAGCAUGACGAUGCCUCGCCUUCGGGUGGGGCUCAGAGUGUGACCGGUGCGGAAAUCGAAGGUGACGGUUCCCCCCAGGUGAGGAAGAGAAGGAACCGACCGUCGCAAGCGAAGAGACGUCGCUACAAAGAGAGCUUACUCCAGGCGAGCGCGAAGGAACUUGAACAGGCGGUUCCCAGGCCUACUGUUCCAGCCUCUUCCGCUCGGGGUACACCUCUCGCGGCGUCUUCGAGCUCGACGCCUUUACCGGCUUCGGCUCCGGUUCUUCCUGCUCCUCUGACAGAGCAGUAG